GUUUUUGAGAACUCAACUACGAUAGUGACUACUACUACUACAGACUACAGUACUACUCCCCUGUUUUUUUUUUAUCCUCUUUCAAACUCAAAAAGUUACUCCUUACAAAAUUAAAAGAGAACCCGUUCACUUGAAUUCAAUUUUUCAGAUUUAUCACUGUCUCACUCUCACCCUCUCUCAAGACGUUCUUCUUUGAUUCUGUUGGUAUGGAAGUCGAAGGUAUGAAGAGGACGACGACGAAGCGGUGGAAAACACUUGAUGACAGUGGAGGUUAUUCAAUUCAAAUGGAGUUACGGCGGGUAUCCUGCUGUAGUAGGCCGGCUUGGCUACUAAACACCCUUGCUGAUCUAGACCAGAAGAUAACAACCUUAGUCCAUAGCUCUAACAAGGACAAAGAUGAAGGUGAAGCAGAUACAUUUGCUCAAAGAGCGGAGAGUUAUUACCAGCAAAGACCCCAAUUGUUAUCUCUUCUCUUAGACCUCUACAAUGCCUAUCUUUCGUUGGCAGAACGCUAUUGUCAAUCUCUGCACAAACAUCAUAAUCAUCCCCCUAUAUAUCACCACAGGGCCGUUUCCUCCUCUGAGAACGUCUCAGUUUCUUCUUUCCAUGACAACCCCAGUGAAGAAGACUGCCAAUCUGAAGCUGAAAGCUCACUUUCCUACCAAUUACCAUCCGGAUCAUCAGUUUCAGUAAUUCCUGAGUACAAUCAUAGUGAUGAAAUCAUAUCCGAGUUAGUCAUCAAGAAUGUGGAGUAUGAUCUUAUGGUUGAUGAGCUUGUGAUGAUGGAAAGGCAAGGCCAUGAUUCUUCAAGGAAGAUAGAGUUACAGAGGAGCCUCUUGGAGGUUCUAGAAUCCGAGAGGAUGAUUCUUUUGAAUGAAAAUGCGGGAUUGAGGUAUAAAGUUGGUGCUCUAAUUGAAGAGAACAAGGGAUUAGCUUCAGAGUCCAUGUUCAUGAAGAGGAAAGCAGGAGAGUUAGCUAGGUGUGUAUUAAAGAUGAGGGAGAAUCACCGAGUUUGUAUGCUUAGUCGUAAAAUUGAGGAGCUUCAAGGUAAGAUUUUCGGGUUGGAGAGGAGGAACCGAGAGUAUCAUCAACAACUGGUGAAGCGCGAUAAGAUACAAUGCUCUUCAUGCAAAGAAACUAGUACGAGUAUGGGGGAGGACGUGAAGAGCAAAGAUGUGGAGGGUGUGAGCACAGAAGCUUGCUUUGAAGGAGAGAGAGAAAGAGGCAUUGACAAGAAAGGUGUCAAAUUUUCUAAGUUGUGGAACAAGGUUAAGAAUUCUGAUCUCUUGUUUCUUUGUACACCGCAUCCCUCGAAGUCCGUUGCUCACUGAGUACUGUAAUAUGUUGCUACUUAUAGCUUAGGUUAUUUGAUACCAUGAGUGUUAAUUUGGUAGAAUUUUAAUCUCAAUGGUAUGUUGGUGCUUGGAUCUUGGUCUUAGUAUUUUCUCAGAAAUAGCAAGCCUAAAGGAAGUAUAUUUGUAGAAUCAAUAAAUUAGUAGUGCCUAAUAUAUUUUGUAAUCGCAUGUAACUACAAGUUAACAAAUUAUAUUUAUGUAAUUUUUGCUUCGGUGCA